AUGGCAGAUUUCCAGCUUUCACUCGACCUGAUUGGAUUUAAAAUGAAAAUACGUAAUGGCUUGAUAAGAGUGUCUCACGGCGCCCCCCACGACGUGUGGUAUCCUUCGCAGUGGACGAUAUCGUCGCCUCCUCCGCGUCCGACUCUGACGCACUCCGGUCACGUCCGCGUGCACCACACCGGAGUCUACCUCGUCUACGCUCAGAUUUACUACCUGGACAGUCACGACGUGAUAUCUUGGGUAUUGCACCGUACGAAUCCUGAGUCGGAUGGAAGAGACACCCUUCUUCAAUGUGCACAAUCAUCCCACUCUACGGAAGUUCUCGACAAACCAAAUUCCUGUUUCUCUGCAUCAGCUCUGUUCCUCAGAGCUGGCGACAGACUCGCCGUUAGGAACACCGGCGGAGAUAGACACUCUCUCAUGCAGCCAGAGAAAAGCUUCAUAGGUCUCAUUAAAUUGGCUGACGCCGAAGAUCCGGCGCAAGACCUGUAG